UUUUUCCAAUUGUUGGCAACACUGUUCAGGAUCACAGGGGAAGAAGAAGAAGAUAUUCAAAGUCAGAUGGUCAUAUGUUCGAACGUGAUUGUUAACCUAAGAUGGAGCAUACUAUGCCAUUUUUUCUAACGAUCACGCAACGUAUAUUCAGUAAUUGGACAGCACUAAAAUUGGCAGUAGAACAUGAUAUGGGUCCAAUAGAAAGUGCAAGGGAAUUUUGUUCCUACAUAACAGAUGUAUUAUAUAUGAAUGAAGGAUUGGUUAGCAGCCAGAUUGCUGAUGAACUAGAUGAUUAUAUGGACAAUCAAUUUAAUACAGAAUUACAAGACGACAGCAGUAUGCAGAUAGCAGAAGAAUUACUAAGGUUUCAUCGAUAUUGUAUGGAAGGCAAUGAGUCUACAUUAAAAGUGGAAUUUGAAAAAUUACCACCAUUACAGUCAUGGCUGAAUUUAGAACCUACUCAACCUCGACAAACUGAUCCUCAGCCAGCAAAGCACAAGCCUAAUAAUUUGGAUGAGGAUAUGGACAUAGAUAAAAAUGAACCUGAGGAAGAUGGGUGGACAAUGGUUACAAGUAGGCGGAGUAAAUAAUUUUCAAGUUCUUUUUAUACGAAAGAUAUCUUUAUUUAGCAAUUUUUUAUGCUUGUGUGUAUAUGUGUGUGUGUGUGUGUGUGUGUGUGUGUGUGUGUGUGUGUAUAAUAUAUAUCAUAUAUAUGUAUGUAUAUAUAAAAGAAUGGAAAGACAGCAAACAUGAGACAGACGCAUAUAUUGUAAUAUGAUAUGCGUGCAUUCGUUCCACAAUCAUACAAAUUUUAGCACUACAAUUAUCUACAAAAAUAUUUUUACCUAAGUAAUCUUUUGAACCAUUGCUAAACGUCAUUUAGCAAGUACAUCUUUUGUAUCUGUAAAA